CUAUGUUGUCAAGGUGUUUGCCAUGGCCAGACAGCUAGUAGCAGUGCAAAGCAAAGAGAUCUGUGACGCUGUCAAGUUUCUGAUUCUUAGAGCGCAGCAGUCUGACGGCUCGUUUAGAGAAGUUGGAAGGUUGUCCCACGGAGAGAUGACUGGUGAUGUGCGUGGCACAGAUUCAGAUGCAUCCAUGACAGCCUUCUGCCUCAUUGCCAUGCAGGAGUCACGCACAAUAUGUGAGGCCACUGUUAAUAGUCUUCCAGGCAGUAUAGACAAAGCAAGUGCCUACCUGGAGAAGCGUCUGCUCAGCCUAAUCAACCCUUACGCUAUUGCCAUGACAUCAUACGCCCUGGCCAAUGAAAACAAACUGAACCAGGACGUCCUCUUCCAGUUUGCUUCCCCAGACUUGUCCCACUGGCCUGUACCUAAAGGACGUGUUUACACGCUGGAGGCCACAGCUUAUGCUCUUCUGGCUCUGGUCAAGGCCAAGACUUUCAAAGAAGCUGACCCUAUUGUGAGAUGGUUCAACAAACAGCAGAGAGUGAAUGGAGGCUAUGGCUCAACUCAGGCUACCAUGAUAGUGUACCAGGCUGUAGCAGAGUACUGGGCCAGUGCUAAAGACCCAGAGUAUGACCUGAAUGUGGACAUCUUGUUGCCGGGCAGGUCAAAGCCUGAUAAGUACAACAUCAACAGCAAUAACCACUUUGCUACGAGAACAUCUAAAAUCAACGAUAUAAACCAGGAUGUGAAAGUGACUGCCACAGGAGCAGGAGAAGCAACAGUGACAAUUGUGUCACUGUACUACGCUCUGCCUAUAGAGAAGGAGAGCGACUGUCAGAAGUUUAACCUGUCAGUACAGCUCCUCCCAGAGAAAAUGGAUGAGGAGGAGAAGAUAUACAGGCUGAAAAUAGAGGUUUUGUAUAAGGACACAGAGCAUGAUGCAACCAUGACAGUCUUGGAUAUUGGCCUGCUAACAGGCUUCUCCGUGAACACAAAGGACCUAGACUUAUUGUCUAAAGGACGAGCCCGCACCAUUGCAAAAUACAAGAUGAACACCAAGCCAGUCGAGUCAGAGAGAAGCUCUCUGAUCAUUUACCUGGACAAGGUUUCUCACACACGACCAGAGGAGAUCACAUUCAGGAUCCAUCAGAAGCUGAAAGUGGGCGUUUUGCAACCAGCAGCUGUGUCUGUCUAUGAGUACAAUAAUAAUCCAUUCAGUAACAAAACACAUUGUGUGAAAUUCUACCAUCCAGAGAGGAGAGGUGGACAGCUACUGAGGCUCUGUAGAAAUGAUGAAUGCAUAUGCGCUGAAGAGAACUGCAGUAAGCAGAAGAAGGGCAAAGUCAACGAUGCUGAUCGCACAGCUAAGGCUUGUGAGACUACAGCGAGGAGCAAAAUAGAUUUUGUGUACAAAGUUGGUGUGGACGAAUUUACAGACGGUUUGUCCACUGACAUUUACACAGCACGGGUACUGGAUGUCAUCAAAGAAGGAACUUCUGAUGUGGGUCCUCAGGGUAAACUCCGUACAUUCCUCAGUUUUCCACACUGCAGGGAGGCUUUAGAUCUGAGGAAAGGCAAAAACUACCUUAUCAUGGGCGCAUCUAAAGAUAUCCACAAAGAUGACCAGGGUCAAUUGCAUACGUAUGUGCUCGGUGAGAGAACCUGGAUCGAGUACUGGCCCACAGAAGCAGAGUGUAAAACUAAGGAACACAGUGCUACCUGUACAGGCAUUAAUGGGAUGGUCGAGCACUACAGGGUCAAUGGAUGUUCACAGUAAUGAAACUGAAGGAAAUAAGAUGUAAUUUUUUAAUUGUUUUAUUUUGCAUUGUUCUUCAACACUAUAGAUCACAGUCUAAGGCUACAUAUGGGGUAUCAAUGAAAUACUGAAAGGGUACUAUUCUGUAAAAUUACUGGACAUAGUAUUAGUAACUGAACAGGGUUUAAAGAAAGGGUGAGGAGCAUGAAAUCUGUGACAUCUGAGUGACAUCCUUGUGAAGCAAUUCAGUGAAAAGAUCCACCAUUUUAGCAUUGCAAUCUCAACGGGAAAAAUUAGGAUCUAAACUGAUUUAGCUGUUUUUUUUUUCACUACAUGCUUCUUCCAUGUCAAAACCUUGCUUGUAGUAACACUUAAAAGAUUAACGUCAUUUUAAAAGACACCAUAAGAGACAGACACUAAUUUCCAUGGUGAUCAACAGCUCUGGUGCAUGCUCCAUUUGGAUUUUAGUAGAUCAGCCCCUUAAUAUACUACAUUUCCAUAAAUUCCUGUCUCAAAUAUUUUUCAUGAAUUUAAUAAAUGCUGUAUCACACACA